AUGAAUAACAAAACAAUUUGUUUUGCUUUAGUAACAUUAUUUGUAAUAUGUAACAAUGUUUACGGAAAGAAAAUAAAGAAAAAUAAACGGCCUAAAGAUCAAGAUGACUUUACGACUAUACGCCCAAAUGUAGUCGCAUAUUCAAGUUUUGGAUUUAAUGAUGUGAGUUCACAUAAUGGCUUUAUACCAACCUCACCAGAGUAUUCUAGCAUCCUCAGCAGCAAUAAUCAGGAGUCUUCGACAAGAUUAUACGCUCCAGCAUUUCCGAGCGCCGGAGAUACUACAGGAUACAGUGGAAAUUAUGGUUCACAGACUUUUGAUGGACAAAAUUAUGGUGUAGGGGACGAUAGCAACAGCCAAUCCGGUAUGUCACAAUAUACAUCUAAUUCAAUGAAUUUUUUGACAGGCCCUAAUAUUGCCACUAAUGGUGAUCAGAAUGAGAAAACAGAAUCUGAACAUUCUGAUACACCUGUUUACGGUACUAAAAUAGGUAACAAACAUAGGCCUAAUUAUAACAUUAACAACCCUGAAUCUGAAAUCUCCAACAGUGGGUACUCGAACCCUUCUGAUGACAAAUAUUUUAGUUUACCCGAGGCAGAGCAUAUACAAGAAAAACCGGCAUUGAGUGAGUCAAAUUUUAACUAUCAUAAUACUGACAGUUAUCAGCCAAAUUAUACACCACAACAAGAAACGGAUAUUGGUGGUUUAAAUUUUCCAAGGGUUGUUGACUUUACCAAACUUAGUAACCAAUAUCCUACAGAAUUAGAUACUAGUAAACUUAUAUCGGAUAGUAUGAAACAUUCUAACACGCAAAUAGCCAUGGCACAUUCACAAAUCAGUAAUGAUAAUGGAAAUGUGUUCAGUAAUAUUAAACUUGUUGAUAACAUACCGACAAACAUAGAACAUUAUAAUUUAAAAAACACUAAAGAAACAAAUCACAAAAAAUUAUUGAAGCCAAAUACAAUUUUUGAACCUGAUUUUACAAAUAAGCACAUCGCUGCACAUCACAAAUAUAGUGAACCCAGUAUUAAACAUACGGACCAAAAAAAAUAUAAACCAUGGGGUUUUGGUAACUAUAGCAAUGCUUACAAAGAUUGGAAGGAUUCCUCAUCAUCAUCAUCAUCAUCGAAUGUGAAAAGUUAUACAUAUUCGACGGAUUAUGGUAAUAUGAAUUUUAAGUAUGGAGUCAGUGAACCUAAAAAACCAGUUAACCGUGAUGAAUUAUUACCAGCGAGCAGUAACGUUGUAGAUUUUAAUAGUCAUCAAUUUCCUGAAAAGGAUUAUAACACUUUUAAAAAUGUGCCGGAAUUCAAUAACGAAGGUGAUUCUUUGUUCAAAGAAAAAUAUAAGGCAAGUGAUGAUUCUAAUCAAUUUAAAAAAAAUCCUUUAAAUGCUGACCCAACGACUACGAGUUCGCAUUGGGGAGGUAUUUUCAAAUCUACUGAUUAUUCUUCUUCUUUUGGUGAUCACCCUAAGAAAUCUUUCUACAACGUAAAUGACGACGAUGUGGUUACUAUUACUAAAAGGCCGCAUAAACUAUUUACGAAAUUUUCACAAAACAAACCAGCCGACUGGUCACCAAGUCACUUUAGAUCACAAAAACUAAAUAAACCUACGCCGGAUUGGACAAAAGACUUUCUUGACAAUAAAUUUAAAUCAGAAGAGGAUUUAUUGGGUCUCAGGACACGCGACACAUCGCGUCCUUCAUACAUACCAACAUUCAAACACAGCAGUAAAAUAAUUGACCACAAUGAAUAUGAUAAUUUCAAACAAUUGGUUGAGAAGUGGAAAGAGUCCUACAUUAAGUCCAAAUAUAAAGACGCACGAGACAAUGCUGAGCAUUGGCCUGAAAACCCUGUCCACGUGCCUAUACCGAAACCACACUCGAGGGAAAUGCACUUGCAGAUAGAGGUACCACACCCUGUAAUAGUGCCUGUGCCGCAUCCGUUCCCGGUGCGAGUGCCUAUCUCUAGGCCCGUUGCGGUUCCCGUGCUGCAGGAACUCACCGUGCCCAUUGAGAAGCCAGUGCCCUACCCUGUCUACAAAAAUGUUCCUUACCCCGUAGAGAAGCUUGUCCCUGUGCCGAUUGAAAAAGAGGUUGCAGUACCUGUGGAGAAGCCAUACCCAGUUCAUAUCCCGUACGUAAGACCUGUAUUCCAUCAUACGAUGCCAGUGCACGAAGAUUCAGAAUACAUAGAAGGAGAUGACUACCAGCGUCGACCUAAAUUCAGGAAACCUUCACAAUACAAGAAGCGUCAAGUUUAUAGUGUCAUGCAUUUUAAUUACUUCGAACUCCGGACAAAUAAUCAGGCGAAUGAAGCAUUAAAAGUAAAAUUAUGCAUAAUACUAGUUGUUCACGCAACAGAACUCAACGCCCGAGCCGGGCAACCUACCAAGAAAGAAACAGAAGCAGGUGGCCGGAACGUCGGCGUCCUUCGAGCUAUACACCUGAAAAUGAAUAUACUAGGCCUUAUAGACAUCAGCACUCAGCACCCUACAGACAUCAUGACUUUGAUGAAGAUGAAUACAGUAGAUAUGGAAAGUACUGCAGGAAUUGCUGAUAAUGGGUGA